CAUCUUAGAAUACUGUUAUCUGAUUGGCCAGGAGUGAAGCGAUGCUAUUGGUUAGACCUGGGAUGAUGGUUAGACCAAGCAAAGGCAUUUGUUCUGACCUCUUAACUUGGCUCUGAGCCAAUGAGUUUGGACACUAAACCUUAGACUAAUCCACUGCUCGCAACUCAUCCAAACACUGACAUGUGGUGGACUCUCACACACAAGUCACACACAAACUCUGUACUCAAACUCUCUCUUACACGGUCACAUCCAAAAUAAAGAGUUCUGUGGAUGGUAAUAAUGUAACUUUGGAGAGAAAAUCUGGACAUCUGGACCUGAAGAACAGUUAGAUGGGACAGUGAGAGAUGGUUUUGAGGUUGAUCUUCAGUGAACAGCCACUGCGGAAGAUUCUAAUAUUCUGCCAGCUAUAUUCUGCGGUCAGCCGGCAUUCUGUAAUUGCCAGCAAUUGUGACGAUGGGCAUGACGUGUUUGCCAAAGUAAAAGAGAACAGCCUGAUGGGAACUUUUAUUGCCAACCUCAGUUUCACUGCACAGCCAUCAUCCAAUCAUUUGCACUUAAAACUGUCUGGAAAAGAUGCUGAUUGGUUUUAUCUGGAGGGAAGAACCAUUAGACUGAACUCAACAUCUACUAGGACUAUUGAUAGAGAGAUACACGGCACAGUUUUAACAGCAACUGUAAGGUGUUACGAACAUAAAGCCCUACAGGCUGAACACAGGAUCUUGGUAGAGGUUCUGAAUGAGAAUGACAACAAACCCGAGUUUCUACAAAGAUCAGUUCAACCCCUGCAGCUCAGCGAGUUGACAGCGGUGAACUCUGUAGUGUUUACAGUCCAGGCCACAGAUGCUGAUGGAGACACACUCACAUACGUCAUCGAUGAAACAUCACCUGAUGCCAGGUAUUUUCGAGUGGACUUACCCAACAGUGGCAAAGUGGUUCUCAACAAGCCAUUGGACUAUGAGAUCAAAACUCAGCUCCAACUGACUCUUUAUGCAGUGGAAACGAACACAAAAGAGCAUUACAACACAACGGCAACAAUAACCAUCAGUGUGAUAGAUGGGGACGACCAGUACCCACAGUUCCAGCCUUGCACUCUUCUCUCAGCCAAUCACAGCAACCGCAUAUGCGCCAAUCCUCUGUACACCGCCAACAUCACAGAGAACGAGCAGGACAUUGUCUUGGAUUUCUUUCCGGGUCCGAUUCAAGCUGUGGAUGGUGAUGAAGGUCUCAGAACACCAGUAAAGUACACCAUCCUGUCAGGGGCAGAUAAUGGCAGAUUUGUCAUUGACAGUAAUUCUGGAGAGGUGAGGUUAACCAGACGUGUGGAGAACAGGCUGCUGAUCCCGACACUGAGACUGCGUGUUAUGGCAGCUCAGACGGAUGACCCUCUGAAAUAUGCAGUAGCCACAGUUCUGGUGAGGGUCCUAGCAGAAAACAGGUUUCCACCACAAUUUAGUCGUUCAACAUACCAUGGCUUUGUCAGCGAGAGAGCAAAUCCUGCCUCACUCGUCAUGACAUACGGCAAUAAAUUACUUAUCCUGGAAGCCACGGAUCAAGAUUUCACUGAGGGCUUCAAUCCCAGACUGCAGUAUUCUCUAAACUCCCAACACAACAGCUCUCAGCUCUUUUACAUUACACAAGAAGGACUGCUCAUCGCUAAAACCAGCCUGCUACACCCCGGACACAAAUAUUUCCUAGAGGUUCUAGCCACUGACCUGGAAUCAGGAGACACUGUUAAAGCUGCAUUGCAUGUGGAAGUUCUACAGAAAGGCCAACCAGUUCCACAGGGUCCUUUGGGGGCGGGGCAUGUGUAUAGAGGUGAGACAGUGGGCAGGGCAGAGGGCGUGGCAGGGGUGUGUCUGAUCCUGCUGGCCAUUACCUUAUUUACACUGGUGCGGUGCAUACGGAUGAUCAGAGAGAAGCGGGAUCAUGUCAUCCGGACCAGUGUGGCUGACAACAAACACCCUAAUGUGUGUCUGAGAUGGUUCCGGAUGAUGAACCAGAGCCAACCGAUGACUUUAGUGGAGGAAACGUUCUCAUAUCACAACGAGGUGUUCAGUGAGUACGACCACUCCGCCUCACCUUUCUAUGGCAAACAGGGCAUCUACACCAAAACAGAGGAACCACCUCCAUCAUCAUCUGUGAACUUACCAUCAGUUACCCUCAACAAAUCAUUACGGGAACCAAGACGCAAUUAUCUGGCACUGCGGCCCAACGGGAGGCCCGUGAACAGGUUUAACAAUAAAACUGUGUCAUUUCAUGACUACGUUGUGGUUCGGGAAUGGGAUGAGGAGAGUGAAGAAAACACAGAGACUACGUUCACAACAGAGGUGGAGAUCUGUACCGAUUUAGAAGAAAUGGACAUGGAUUGUGAAUUAGAAAAUGAUGAUUCAGAUCUCCCAGAAGAAGAAUUUCAAAUUCAAUCACAAAGAAUCACUUCAUACUGUGAUGACAUAUGCAAUGAGUCAGAAAUGCUCAAUAUGCACCUAAAAAUAGUCAACCGAGACUACGAAACACAUAAUACAGAAGACAGAAUUCAUGCAAAACCACUGGAAAUAAGGAACCAAAAAAUAGCUGGAAAGCACAGAUUCAAGUCUGAACUACAAAGUACACAAAGACACUCAACUGAAAGUCAAGAAAGAGAUCGAACAGACACACAAAACACUACACAAGCAGAGGUCUCCAUUUUUCAAAGAGAGACAUAUAUCAUUAACCCUAAAGCCUUGGUUUCAGAGGCCGACAAACCUGUCGUUAAUUAUUCAGAAAGCUUUGAAACAGAUGGUACCAGAAAAUCGGAUGAUCUUAAUUUAGAUCCUCAGGUUUCAGUAGCUGAAAGUUCUGUACAAAACAUUCAUGAUGUAAGUAACUUACAAACACUUCUAAGCACAUUAACACUUGAUCCAGGUCAAUACAAUGGGUCAGAAGAACGUCUGGGAGCUGAGAUGGACAACACCUCAAGCUCAGACAUAUAUUAUGUUAACGAGGACAUUGCAACAAAUUUAGAUGACAGCAGCCCGGAAGAGGAGUCUAUAUCUAAUCAAGAUACAAGCAGUCAACAUCUGAACUAUCUUUAUGAUCCUCACAACACACAGAUAGAAUGUUUCUACGACACAGACACAGAUGAAACUAAAGAUGGGAGAUGAUCAUGGGAGACUGAUGAAAGCUAAGAGUGAUACUGAAUCAACUCAAUGUUUGAAAUGAGCUUGAGCAUUUAAAUGAGCUUUUGUAAAAUGAGAAAAGAACAGAUUUGGCAUCUGCGAGGCAAUGAACAGAUGGGUGAGUAAUACAAGCUUCAAGCUAACUUCUAACCCAAAGUAUUCAAAUCUUUUGCCCUGCCCCGAUGGUUUUCAGACAUCCUGUGCCCUUUCUACAUUAUAUAAUGUACAUCAUUGCACAUAGACAUGCUUUCUUUGUAUUGAAAUUGCACUUUGCAUUGCAAACUCAAAUAAAAUCUACUGAUUACAAACAAUAAGACUGCCUGUGGUGUAGAUAGUUCUGCUAAAAUUAAACUUAGGCAGGACUCAUUCAUUAUGAUAAUAUU